UGGCAAUGCUGAGUGCAAACAGGAUGCCUCCUGAUGACCCCCUGCAACUCAGCCCCUGGAUGAAACUUCGUCUGUGUCUCGGAAUCCCGCAGUAUAUGGGGGUGGGGGUGGGGGUUGCCAAGUGCAGGGGCAAGGUUUGAAAAUCUGCAGAGAUCGGAGUUGCCGGCUGCAGCCUGCCCUUGGCACGGGGCAAAGGAAAACAUAGCACUUCCCGCCCCCACUAGCCCUGGGCACGAGACUUGCGGCGAAGGUGGUAAAAAAAGUCAAGUGGCCGGGCCGACGGCAGAGGCUAAGGGGAUUGGGAGUGGGGGUGGCACGCGCCUCCAGCCUGCCCCUGGAGGCAGUCCGCGGGACAGCAGGCUGGAGGCGCGCCGGCGUGAUUCCGACCGCAGGAGCCGGGAGGAGGAGCCGGAGGUGGCUGCGGGGGGCUCCAGCCUAGGCGAAGGAAGGGCAAGAGGCGGUUCGGGCCCGGGGCGGCGCCGGGAGGUGGACUAGACGCCCGGGGCGGAGGAAGGGGUUUAGGUGAUGCGGACAACCCCAUCUUCUGACACAACAGCUACUGAUGGCCUAGCUGACCCCCUCUCAUCCCUUGGCCUGGAGAAGAGGGUGUCUCAGGGCCCAGGGAUAGAGGGAGCCACAAGUCUGCACACUGGCGGGGAGGCGGCGGGCGGGAGCCGCUCCGCAGGCGCAGGGCGCAGGGGCGGAGGCGAAGGGCCGGGGACUGCAGAACCAUCCCCGGAGCGGGACGCGAACCGGCUGAGUUGGGAUAAGGUAAACAAGGGCCACGCCCCCUGCCGUCGCCCCGCGGGCGCGCACCCGCCGCUCCGGCCGCCGCCGGUACAUUUCCACUCUCUCAGCGCUUCUCCCCCGCCGGACUCCCGCGCAGCCCUGGAGAGCCUCCGCGCCCGGGAGCUGAGCAUGCUGCCCCCGCGUGCAGCGCCCGCGUGCACCCAACCCGGAGAGGGGGCGACAGGGCGGAGGCAGUGGCCCCCGGAAGGUGUCUGGGACCCGGCCGGCUGCACGUGAGCUCAGCGCGGGGUCAUGUGCACCGGCUCAGCCCGGUU